AUGAGGAAAAUUAAAUUUAAAUGCAUUCUACACAUCGGCGGCGAUGACGUAGAAGAGGAGAAGAUUUUAGACGCUGAUGCAACUUCCAACGAGGAUAAACUGAUUCACUGUACACUCCGUGGGUGCAAACGAUUCUGGCCACCAUUUAGGGAACUUGUUGAAGGGUUGUCAGUAGUUGCGAAGCGUAUGCCAAGUGACUACACUGACGCCUUCAGGAAUAACAAUGUCGGGACGGUGUUGAGCAGCAUCCUCCUCAUCUACUUUGUUGUGUUUGGGCCUUCGAUAACAUUUGGAAUUCUUAUGUUUGUAUUCGCAUUGCUCGCCGGUCAGCCACUGAGUAGCAUCGGUCCCUCUGGACCUAACUUCAUCAUUGAAACAGUCAUCACCCUAUUUGCCACAAAAAUGAGCAUCGAUUAUCAAGUUUUUCGAUUCUGGGUUGGAGUCUACAUAACCGUCUUUGGUGUUCUCCUAAUCUCCUUAAAUCUUUCGUCUAUUGCAAUCUACACUAGGCGUUCUUUGGAGGAACUAUUAAGCGGAUUUAUAUCUAUUUUCCUCAUCCUGAAAGCUUUAUUCUCAAUGUUGAAGAACAUUCCUCGAAAUAUUCCUCAACCAGGGAGCACUGAGGAUUUAAUUAAAGCCUCACAGGCAGCAGUUCACCUCUUUCUUGCCCUUUGUAUGUUUAUUAUCUUAAAUUUUAUCAACAACUUGAAGAGAAGUCACUUCUUUCGACAAAAGAUACGAUACUGGCUGGGAGCUUUUAAUGUGCCCUUGGGGAUUGUAGUUGUUUCUCUCGUGGCUCAUUACUUAUUCGCAAGUUAUCCUGUUGCUAAACUCGACGUUCCACCAACAUUUCAGGCCGAUCCCGCGUCUUGGGUAUGUGUUAUUAAUUUUGCGAAGAUAAACAAUUACCAGCCGUCCUCUCCCCUUACGGUUCACAUCAGUGCACUUUUUAUUGGCUGCUUCACAAGUCUUCUCAUUUUCACUGAAACGGCACUCAAUAGCAUUACGGCCUUGAAGCCAAAGGCGAAAAAACCAAGUCCCUUCGUGAUAGAUCAUGUAUUGACAGUGGUGAUAUUCCCUCUCACCUGCUGCAUUGUGGGCUGGCCAUUGAUGUCGGGAGUGCCUGUUCGAACAAUCGCUAACACGAUGGCCCUGGUCCAAGUUGAGUCCCACCCACCUCCGGGCAAAUCUGCAGAAAUUAUCAACCUGGUAGAACAGCGAGUGAGUGUACUCAUAGCAGGCCUGCUAGUAGUAGUGUCAGUCUACCUUGGAGAUAUCCUAAGACUCAUUCCAGUCGCUGCUCUCUAUGGCAUGUUCAUCUACCUCGGACUGAAUGGUCUUCGUGGGCUAGACAGCGUCAACACACUACUUGCUCUCAUGAUGCGACGGAAGUAUUGGGGCGAUUGGGAAUUUCUCAUCAAUCUUCCCAUCCCGCAACUGGCUGUCAUUGUGAUUAUCAACUUUACCGAACUCGCAAUUCUCGUAGUUUUCAUUUUCUUAGCUGAGUUUGCUCAUGCUGGCUAUAUCGUCUUACUUAUGCCAUUAGUCCUCAUCUUCUCUGGACUUCUACGAGAGUUUAUUCUUCCAAAAUGGACAUGGCUUGCACCCUGCUUAGAUAAGUACGACAAGCGUUGUUUGGGUGUGCAAUCAGUGGAUAUUUUAAAAAGCCCGGAUGUUGGACCUUCUAUUCAAAUUAACAAGGAUUCAUCAGUGGAAACCCUCGUUUUCUAG